AUGUCCGGGUCCCGGGUGCGUUUGGAUGGAGGGACGGGAAGUUUGGUUUCCCUCCACAGCUGGGUGCGCGCGAGAAUGAGGGUGCUGAGGUGGGUAUCAGUGCGUGGGCGCAGCGGGGAGUGUACGUGCCAGCGCGGGGCUGUUGACACUUGCCGAGAACAGCCAGAUGGAGGCAACACAGGAGCCGGAGAGGAGUCAGUAACGUUCCAGGAUGUGGCUGUGGGCUUCACCCAGGAGGAGUGGUGCAUGUUGGACCAUUCUCAGAAAAAGCUGUACAGGGAGGUCAUGCUGGAGAAUUUGCAGAAUCUGCUCUCUGUGGAUGCAGAAACCAGUUUUAAAGUGAAGGAGAUGUCUACAAAGCUGAGCCUUGUUGUGAAAGGAUCUGGUAAACCAAGAUUUAUGAAUGAGGGUCCCUGUGACUUCAUUUUGAGAGAAAGCUGUGACUCUGAUAUCAAGGUAAAUAAAAAUCCAAAUACUGACUGUGAAUUUAAUAGAAUUCCAGAGAAAUUCAGACAAUAUUCACUCCUCAAUCGAUAUAAGAAAAUGACCUCUGGAAAUGUUUAUCAUCAGACUAAUGAAUACAACAAAUACUUCCUUGAAAAAUCAGAACUCCUUCAAUCCUAUGAGAAACCUCCUGAAAUACCCAUGUAUCAAGAUAAUCUAGAGGAAAUGGCCUUCACUUGGUGUUCCAGCCUCAUUAGACAUCCAAAAAGUAAUCUUGGAGAGAAGCUUUCUGUGAGUAGUAAAGACGGGAAGGCCUUCAGUCAGAACUCUGAAUGUACACGAGAUCAGAGAAUCCACAGUGGAGAGAAACUUUAUGAAUGUAAAGAAUGUGAAAAAGCUUUCACCCGGAGGGACCGUCUUGUUGAACAUCAAAGAAUCCACACUGGAGAGAAACCUUAUGAAUGUAAACAGUGUGGAAAGGCUUUCACACAGAGGGGCAAUCUUGCUAAACAUUGGAGAAUCCACACUGGAGAGAAACCUUAUAACUGUAAAGAAUGUGGAAAGUCUUUCACAUUUAGCUCACAACUUGUUACACAUCAGAGAAUCCACACUGGAAUUAAACCAUAUGAAUGUAAACAAUGUGGAAAGGCGUUCAUGUUGAGCUCACAACUUGCUAAACACCAGAGAAUGCACACUGGAAUGAAACCAUAUGAAUGUAAACAGUGUGGUAAGGCUUUCACACGAAGGGACGGUCUUGCUGUACAUCUGAGAAUCCACACUGGAGAGAAACCUUAUGAAUGUAAACAAUGUGGAAAGGCUUUCACACAGAAGAGCAGUCUUGCUGAACAUCAAAGAAUACACACUGGAGAGAAACCUUAUGACUGUAAAGAAUGUGGAAAGUCUUUCACACAGAGGAGCAGUCUUGCUGAACAUCAGAGAAUUCACACUGGAAGAAAACCACAUGAAUGUAAACAAUGUGGAAAGGCUUUCACACGAAGGGAUGGUCUUGCUGUACAUCAAAGAAUCCACACUGGAGAGAAACCUUUUGAAUGUAAACAGUGUGGAAAGACUUUCACACAGAGGGGCUAUCUUGCUAAACAUCAUAGAAUCCACACUGGAGAGAAACCUUAUGAAUGUAAACAGUGUGGAAAGACUUUCACACAGAGGGGCUAUCUUGCUACACAUCAGAGAAUCCACACUGGAGAGAAACCUUAUAACUGUAAAGAAUGUGGAAAAUCUUUCACAUUUAGCUCCCAACUUGUUACACAUCAGAGAAUCCACACUGGAAUUAAACCAUAUUAAUGUAAACAAUGUGGAAAGGCUUUCAUGUUGAACUCACAGAUUGCUAAACACCAGAGAAUUCACACUAGAACUAAACCAUAUGAAUGUAAACAGUGUGGUAAGGCUUUCACACGGAGGGAUGGUCUUGCUGUACAUCUGAGAAUCCACACUGGAGAGAAA